AUGAGUUGGGCAUUUGUCCAAAAGGUGUCACCUCCAAUGUAUUCCGCUUUAAUGUGUCCUCGGCAGAGAAGAACAGCACCAACUUGUUCCGGGCCGAGUUUCGGGUGCUGCGUGUGCCAAACCCGAGCUCCAAACGCAGCGAGCAGCGCAUUGAGCUGUUCCAGAUCCUUCGGCCGGAUGAGCACAUAGCAAAGCAGCGCUACCUCAGUGGCAGAAAUGUGCAGACACGGGGCUCCCCUGAGUGGCUGUCCUUCGAUGUCACCGAGACUGUGCGUGAGUGGCUUCUGCACAGAGAGUCGAACCUUGGCCUGGAAAUCAGCAUACACUGUCCUUGUCACACUUUUCAGCCCAAUGGGGACAUCUUGGAGAAUUUGCAUGAAGUCUUGGAGAUCAAGUUCAAAGGCAUUGACAGUGAAGACGACUAUGGCCGUGGGGACUUGGGACGCCUGAAGAAGCAGAAAGACUUGCAUAAUCCCCACCUCAUCCUGAUGAUGUUACCCCCACAUCGGCUGGAGAGCCCAGGAUUUGGAGGCCAGAGAAAGAAACGGGCCCUGGAUACCAACUACUGUUUCCGGAACCUGGAGGAGAACUGCUGCGUGCGUCCUCUGUACAUCGACUUCCGACAGGACCUUGGCUGGAAAUGGGUCCACGAGCCUAAGGGCUACUUUGCUAACUUUUGUUCAGGCCCUUGUCCAUACCUCCGCAGCGCAGAUACCACUCACAGCACGGUUCUGGGCUUAUACAACACGCUGAACCCUGAGGCAUCCGCUUCGCCUUGCUGUGUUCCCCAGGACCUGGAGCCACUCACUAUCUUGUACUAUGUUGGGAGGACCCCCAAAGUGGAGCAGCUCUCCAACAUGGUGGUGAAAUCCUGCAAGUGCAGCUGAAAAGCACCCUGGCCCACCCAAAGCCAAGAGAGAAACUGUCAGCAUCCACUCUCCUGCUCCCAGGCUAACACAAAAGGAACUGGGGGUCAGAGACUACGCAUGCUGAGGGCUGAGUGCCAAACCCUGAGGCUUAGGGUCUGGCAGCCCUUAGGGAUCUCUUCUGGAACAUUUCUUGGUCUUGUUGGCAAUGUCAUGUUCCUUCUGGGAAUUACUUUGGUGACACAAAGGCCACACUCUCCAAAGUGGCUGGACAGUUGGUGCAGAAG